UGUUUGCAGCGGCACAAAUUCUAACAACCUAUAUAUGGAGUAUGACCAUAUACAUGUGUACACUGGCAUCACGGGCACAGAUGUGGCAGGAAAGGCGUACCAAGGCAAAAUAUGCAGCGAUGUUUAUAAAUGUGCAGUUUCUACGGACACUGGUGUGACAGAAUACGUCACUUCCGCCCACGAACUUGGUCACUGCAUGGACAUGCCUCACGACGGUGACGUAGGGUGUCCACACCCCAACGAUGGUAUCAUGGGUGGCAAGACUUCCGGUUGGAGCACGUGCAGCGUUGACAGAAUGAAGACACUUCUUCUGAAUACUGCUCAGUCUGGCUGUCUCACUACAACUGAUGUCUCAUCACCCCUCGCAAUGGAACUGUCCGAGAUAUGGCCAGGGAUGAUAUACACUGACGACGAGAUAUGCGAAUUUAAGAAAGGCCUCGGAUACAGAUUUAGGAAAUUCCCAUCAGAAACUUUGGGAUCGUGUUACUUGCAUUCGUGUAUCAAUAUGAAUGUCAGUUCCACGGACUACGGCAUCAUGUUCAACUACCUCAUCCCUACCGAUGGUAGCUACUGUGGUCCUGAAAUGGUCUGCUCCACCCAGCUGGUUAAUGGGGUACCUCAGUGCAUACAUUGGAACAAUACCGGCCUUGACCUGUCAUUAUUCGAAGUGGUUCUGGGCGGAUGGUCUGACUGGUUACCCAACACGACAUGCAGUCGCACGUGUGGAACGGGCAUCAUUUACAGGAGAAGGACCUGCAGCAAUCCAAAACCAAAGAACAGUGCAUGGUGCGAGGGAAAUGAAUAUGAAUCAUUUGUAUGUAAUACCCAGCCGUGUGAUAAUGACCCGGAUGUUGAGAGUGAAUUGAAAAUUGUGCGCGCAUCAGAGACAUGCGCAACAUUGAAGGCCAACAACGUUUACGAAAAAAUUGGUUUAAAUGCUUCCGUCUUCCUUGACAGCGGGGAACAAUUUAAUAGUUAUGACUACGGGCAGUGCGAGGUGAAGUGUAACAGCGUCAAUCCUGUGUAUUAUUACCAGAGGUUUGGUCUGAUGCCGGACGGGACACCGUGUGACCCCCCUGAACUCGACUCGUUUGUAGAAACCAACAAACUCGCUCGGCGGUCUGGUCGUUACGGCCGAUGUGUACAGGGCUACUGUCAAAUGUUUGGCUGUGAUAACGUAUCUGGUACAAAGGCGAAUGACGAAUGUGGGGUGUGUGGAGGGAAUAGUUCGACGUGCAACGCUGUAACAGGGGUGUUUAACGAGAGUGUUGCCUUUGACACGAGAACGGUGAUCGCUACAUUACCUUCUGGGUCCUUCAACAUCGUGUUCUAUUUCAACUAUAACGCUAUGACAUACAACUUCAUAGAGUUAUAUAGCAUGGAGAACAGGGGUGUAAUGACGUUAAGCUACGUGCGUCUGACAAACCCGUUCAACUAUGCAGGGAGCUACUGGUAUGGUAACUUCAGAACACAAUUCCUGUACACUGAGGGUCCUAUAUCACGACCAGUUGUCAUUAAGUUUGUCCAGAAAGGCUCGUCUCCGAACGUAGGAGUAUAUUAUGCUUACUCCUUAUCAUUGGAUAAUUGUACCGGUUCAUGCGGAAGCUACGGCACAUGGAACCAAACCCUAUGUGGAUGUCAGUGCAAUGCCGGCUACUUUGGCGCUUCGUGCAAUACCACAUGCAAUAAGAUUUGCAAUAACGGAAUGAGCCUGAUGUCGACUGUGUGCGGCUGUAACUGUCUUGGAAACACGUACGGAACAGCGUGCGAAUGCAGAUACCCGUUCCAAGGCAAGGACUGUCAGGACUGCAAGGUUAGAACGUGCAAGAACGGAGGCACGUUUAAUUCGACCGCGUGUCGGUGCUCAUGUCCGCAGGGAUUCGGAGACUUAGACUGCGGCUCAUCAUGUCAAGACAAAACGAACACGACAACAUGCGUGACUAACGUUGGGAAGGGCUGGUGUGAGUCGAAGAACGAACAGAUGGAGCAGGAUUGCUACAUGUCUUGUGGACUUUGUGUGCCUGAUCCAACAACAACAAGUACCACUCUGUCAACUUCUGUGGAGGUUGUAACACAAACCAGCACGACAUACGGUGGAGGACAAAGCAUUACGACCACUCUGUCAACUUCUGUGAAGACAUCUCCACAUUCCAUGUCCACAUCUACUCAAUCAACUACUGUUACGAAUGACACAGUGUUUGAUAAUUCACAGAAUCCCGACUUUUGGAACAUUUGGAACGACGGUUCAACUCUGAGGAAUCCGGUUGUGCUUCAUGUCCCACUUCAGAUGCUGCUGCAUGUGUUGAUGUGGCUGCUUCUCUUUUGAUUCUGCACAGACAUUUAUAGUAUGUCAUACAUAUUUCUGCGUCUUGAGCAAACUGCACUUGCAUUCAGUUUUAUUGGAUAUAUAAUAUACGUUUACAAAUUGAAAGAUAAAAUAUACUAAACAAUAAUAUUAGUAUUACGGAAGAAUACACAUAAUGCCAUGACGUAUUUGUGCGUAUCCCCAAUGAAGUAUAUGCCACGAUAUUUGCUGUUGAUUCCAAAUACUUAAUUGUUUUACAAACCACAAGCCAUGAUAAUACAGACUACAUACGAUGUAUACACUUCUAUUGAAUUCCAAAAAAACAUGACUUUAAAAGACGAAACGUGUUUAUAUUGUUGCAAUAAUGUUUCUAAACUCACACUAAGAAUAAUUGAAUGAUAACAGGCUUAUUAAGAAUUUUUCAAAAGUUAUCAAGUUGUAAUGCAACGAUUAUUUGGAAUACAAACAAGCAUUCUAUGAUUUCAUUACACACGUAUAUUAAAUAAAUGUUAUAAUUAUAUGUAUACUGUGAUGUUUGUAAUUAGCUGUUUACGGAUAAAUAAUCGAGUGCCUUUUUUCAUAAUUUACGAUGUAAGUAUGUGUUGAUAAUCGCAUGAUUAGAUAUUCUAAAGCCGUUUGUUGACAAGUAACAUAUAUUCGAAUAGACGUUUAAAAGUACUAAAAUUGUACUAAAAUUGAAUAAAAUUAUUCAAUCUGGAAUACGUUCCGUUCAUACGUAAUGUUAAAACGUUUGCCUUCAUCGGUAUGUGUUCACAUUUCAAAUAAAUGCACAUAGUUUAACAUGAAAAUUUUAAAAUAGAUUUUAAACAUUAACUACAAUUCUGAUAGUUUAAGAAAACCAUAUACAUAUUAAAUCACAACAUAUGUGUUUGUUUCUAUGGUAAAUCUUUUUUUUAUAUUUCUGUGAUCUAACAUUCGAUUGUGGUUUCACAAAUACUGAUAAACGUCGUAAAAAGCAAUAUAAGACGUACGUAUUGGUGAACUGAUUUCUGUGAAAUUUUAAUUUUCUGUUGUUGUUUUUUGUCAGUAGUUGUAAUAACAUGUUUUCUGAUGCUUUAUUUUGAUUUUUUUUAUAAUUCAAGGUCACACAUCCGCAAGGCUAUUUGUAGAGAUUGUGUGUAAUAUAGUGAUCAGUUACUUUGUAUUUGUGUUGACUCUUGUAGUUAAAUGUGAAAAGGGGGUUUAAUGCAUGUGCGUAAAGUGUCGUUCCAGAUUAGCCUGUGCAGUCCGCCUUAACUAAUUCUUUGCUAAGAAGAGACCGUCUUGAAACGAAAAAUAUCUUAAAAGCGGAAAGUGCCGUCCCUGAUUAGCCUGUGCGGACUGCACAGGGUAAUCCGGGACGACGCUUAACGCACAUGCAUUAAACCCUUUUGAUAUAGCACGUUCUAUAUACAUUUGCAAUACCAUAUUGUAAAAUUUAAGAUAUGUUUGAAUUGUGUUUUGAUUUUUAUAUCGACGAUGUUCAACAAAUUUGAACGAAAUCAUUAAAACGCGUUUACAGCUGUAUUUAGCUCUAGCAUGAACCAUUUUCAUAACUUAUUCAUUAUUUAAAGUGAUUGUAGAAUACUUAGUAUUUUAAACAUCAUGAAAUUUGCACUUACUGAUUUUAUUACUAAUAAUUUGCACUGUUUACGUUUAAUAUCUUUAAUACUGGUGUUGAAUAUUUUAAAAGUAUUUCAAUUGUGUGGGAAACAUGCAUAUGUAUUUUGUCAAAAAUUCAAUGUGAGAUCACAUCGAUGCUGUCUGUAUACAAGUUUAUGUUCUUUAUCUGUAUAUACAUCUAUACUGUAUUAUAUUCUUUACAGUUUUAAUGAAUUAUCUUGUUAGAUGUUGUAUUUUAAUAAAUAGUUCUAGAGAU